UUUCUCCCGCCCCUGGCUCCUUUUCUCCCGCCGUCUCUGGCCCGCGCUCUGCUGGUGAGUCCGCGGCAGCCCGCGAUCGUUCUAGGGGCUAGGCAGCUCCGCACCGUAACCUCGCCCAGCUCGCCUCUUAGCGUCCCCGCGCCACCCGGCCCCUCUUCAGAGUGGAUUCUUUACCACUUAAGCCAUCCUGACCAGGGAUCAAACCUGAAGUGCCUGCAUUGGAAGUGUGGAGUUUUAACCACUGGACCACGAGGGAAGUCCCCAUCUCUUUGCAUCAGAGGAUAAAUCUUUCCUGAAGCCUCCUCAAGCCUCACUGGCCAGAACUGAGUCACAGCUGCCAGGGAACCUGUGAAAUGGCUACAGAUGUCUUUAAUUCCAAAAACCUGGCCGUUCAGGCACAGAAGAAGAUCUUGGGCAAAAUGGCAUCCAAGUCCAUUGCAACCACCCUCAUCGACGACACAAGCAGUGAAGUGCUAGAUGAGCUCUACAGGGUGACCAGGGAGUACACCCAGAACAAGAAGGAGGCAGAGAAAAUCAUCAAAAACCUCAUCAAAACCGUCAUCAAGCUGGCCAUCCUUUACAGGAACAACCAGUUUAACCAAGACGAGCUGGCACUGAUGGAGAAAUUCAAGAAGAAAGUUCACCAGCUCGCAAUGACGGUGGUCAGCUUCCACCAGGUGGACUUCACCUUUGACCGGAACGUGCUGUCCAAGCUGUUGAAUGAGUGCAGAGAGAUGCUGCACCAGGUCAUCCAGCGUCACCUCACCGCCAAGUCACACGGACGGGUUAACAACGUCUUUGAUCACUUCUCAGAUUGUGAUUUCUUGGCGGCCUUGUAUAAUCCCUUUGGAAAUUUUAAACCCCACUUACAGAAAUUGUGUGAUGGUAUCAACAAAAUGUUGGAUGAAGAGAACAUAUGAGCAUGUGAGUUGAGGUUGUGACUGCUCAUGAUUUAUUUGAAGAUGGAGCGCUGCUGAUUUAUGAAGGAAAAAACAAGAAGAAUGUUUUAAAAGAUUACACAUAUUUCAGAAAGACUUUGCCCAAUUCAGUUGUCAGACAUUAAUGGUAAUGUUUUAUGAGGCUUGUUUUAUUUGAAGAAAAAUGUAUUGCCAAAUAUUCUGGUUAAAAGCUUCCCAACAGUUAACAGAUCCUGGGAAAGAUGUAUGAUUGCAUGAUGCAAAUACAGAGUUAUAUAAAGAAAGACACAUGUGGCUCCAAACCUCAAGACAUCUUUUUUUUAGGGCAGUUGUUGUGUUGGUGGCACAUUGGAUAUUUCUAACGUGUACAGAGUUGUGUAUUUUGGUUCACCUUUAUUCCUUACUAUGUAUGUGUACCUCUUUUAAAAAGCCAAGAACCCUCUGUUACUGUCAUUUCUCCUUUUGAAACAAUUCCAUUUUCAAGUUUACCUUUUGUUAAAGAUUCUUUUGUUAAAGAGUUUCUAAUUGACAUUCAAAAAUUCCAUCUUAAUUAAGAACUAAGACAUUCAAGUAUUAAGACAGUCAAAUUGAACCCUCAGAAAAAUAGAAAACUGAUUCUCUGAAAUCAAUAUUCUAGAAAUCAGUUAUAUUUGACAUUAUGAAUAAUUUAGUCUAACAUAAGAUUCUGCUUCCGGAAUCCAGUCCUGUUUCUUAGUAGCAACGGUAAUACUUCCUCAAACAUGAAAAUUCCCCAAAAUGACAUGCCAUUUGCCUUGAAAUGCUUGCUGAGGGCUUCACUUGUAUGUCAUCUUGAAAAUGUGCUGAUGGAAUCUCCCAUUUUUCCUAUCUAUUUUAAAUGUAAGAAACAAGAGAAAAUGUAGAUCAUUCCUGAUAUUGGGACUAUAAAAAGUAAGUGCUUCUAAGAAUGAUAAAACAAUCUAUACUUUAGUGAUGAGCCCAUCAGAAUAGUUUAAUUUAGGAGGAGGAGAGGCAGAAGGGAAGAACGAAUAUUGCUACAAGAACAUGAGAAUGAAUGCAUUUCAAUGCUUGGUAAGGUUUGCUAGGUAAAUAAAGUGUUACUUUUUUAUUUAACUGAUGAGAUUUUGCUGUUUUGUUAUUUGCUGUUUUGAUGAGUAAACCAAAGAAUAUUUGCAUUCCAA